CAAGGAAUUGCAGGUAAAGCAAAAAAUAAUUUAACCCCUUACCGCAUCGCGGAUCAUAUAUAAACCAAGCCAUAUUUUCAUGAAUAUCUUCAAUUAGAAAAUGAAAACAGUUAGUUUUGUGUAUAGCGUAUCAAAUAUGUUCCAUUCCUCUGUCAUAAUAAUAUGAACACCGCCAUCUAUGAGUAACUCUACGAACUCGCCCAUCAUUCAACAUCGACGAACAGGUUGCUACUUGAGCGCGUCGGUUUCUGUUAUUUGAAAACUCCGAAAAAAAUAUAAAAUCUCUAGUUACCGCUAUUAGAUAAAUAUUAUAAAGAAGAAAAAUACUUAUAUAUUAUUGAUAAGGCAACCUGAUGGAAUAUGGAUCCUAGACGAUUUUACGGCGGUAUCCAUACGAUUCUCAAGGAUUUUCCGGACAGCAGUGCUGAUGAGGACCUAUCAGAUGACGAGCAACUAACGAAUAGAAGACGAAAGGUACUACCACCUCUCUGUAUUCCAGAAUCUGAGGAGUCUGACUCAGUUUCUGAUGAUAAUAUACCUUUAUCUCAUCUUGCUUCUUCGUCAACAAGGACUUCAAGGGCUGAAAAGCCUCGAUGGAGGGAUGGAUUUUUGGAAAGAGCUGAAACUGAUUUACAGUUUACUGGAGACAUUUCUUUGCCUCUAGAAAUCACAACGUUGAAUACCCCGUACCAGUUUUUCAAAUAUUUAUUCACGGACGACAUUUUUCUAUAUAUAUCUCAAGAAACUAAUAAAUAUGCAGUCGAAAAGCGACCAGAAAAGCCCAGUAAUAUUACUGUAAAAGAACUUGAACAGUUUAUUGGUAUUUGCCUUUACAUGUCGAUAGUUCAGUUACCCUCUACAAGAUUUUAUUGGAAUGAGGAUAUGGGGUACCCAAAAGUUAGUACAAUAAUGUCUUGUAAUCGUUUCGAAGAAAUCAAACGUUUUAUUCAUUUUAACGAUAAUUUGACACAAAUACCAAAAGGUCAGCCAGGACAUAACCCACUUCACAAAAUCCAACCAUUAUUGGAGCUUUUAAGGCAAAGAAUUUUGACAGUUCCUAAAGAACAGUAUAUGGCUGUUGAUGAACAAAUUAUACCUACCAAGAGCAGAUCAUCUAUGCGGCAGUACAACCCUAAGAAACCCCACAAAUGGGGCUACAAAAACUUUGUCCUUAGCGGCAGUUCAGGAUUUAGUUUUGAUUUUGAAAUAUAUACUGGAGCUCAGGGACCUGUACAAUCUGACACUAAUUUGCCAAAAAUAAGUACUAGCAGUGACGUCGUAGUUCGCCUUUCUAGGACAAUACCAGAAGGACUCAAUUACAAACUAUUCUUUGAUAACUGGUACACGUCACUACCCCUUUUGACGUACCUUAACAAAAAAGGUAUUUUACCAAUAGGCACCAUAAAAGCUAAUCGUAUCCCAGGCUACAAGGUUCCAGUUGAAAAAGAUUUAAAAAAAAAAGGCCGAGGAACUACUGUAGAAAAAUUGACCACAAUUGACAACACUGAUAUAUCAGUAGUGACCUGGUACGACAACAGAGUUGUGAACUUAGCUUCAACUUAUGUUGGCAGCAAACCAUCAUCUGAAGUUCGACGUUUCAAUAAAAAAGAAAAAACAUAUCAAAAUGUAUCAUGUCCAAAGGCAGUCACGGUUUAUAAUAGACAUAUGGGUGGCGUGGACUUAUUAGACGCUCUUCUUGGCUAUUAUAGAAUUCAGAUUAGAUCGAAAAAGUUCUACCACCGCAUAUUUUUCCAUAUGAUUGAUAUGAUGACAGUUAAUGCGUGGUUGUUAUACAGGAGAACUUUAGCGGAUUCAGACCCAUAUUUACCUUUAGCCGACUUCAAAUGCGCAGUAGCUGAAGGGUUAAGCCAGACUAAUAAACCAUCAACAAGUGGAAAACGAGGACGGCCUUCUUAUGAACUGGAAAAUGCUAUUGAAGCGAAGAAAUUGAGAGGACCCAUUGCUAUCAUGCCGUCUAGAGAUGUAAGACUGGAUCAAAUAGAUCAUAUGCCUGUCUGGACCACUAGACAGCGGUGCAAAGUACCAGAAUGUAAUGGUAGGUCACAUGUUGAGUGCCAAAAAUGUAAAGUGAGCCUAUGUCUUAAUGACAAAAGAAAUUGUUUUAAGUUAUUUCAUACAACAUAAGGUGACUGUAAUUUUUUUUAUUUAAAAUUACAACAUUUCUUUUUUAGUUAACCAAAAAAUUUAAUAUAACUAUAACGUUAUUUACUAACAAUAUCGUAUAAAAAUUAUUGCUUAAAGUGAUUGACAGGAACUGACUGCCUGCCUGCCUUUGUAUUUUUUGCUCACUGGACCAAAUAUGUACCAAAGUGAAAAAACGGUAUAUUUUCUUUAUUUUUCAAUAAAUUAAAAAAUGCUGAAACACGUGUUCUUUUAUUUCUUAUUUACUAUCACAUAUAUUUUUAUUAUCGACAAAAAAAAAAUCAUGCGGUAAAGGGUUAAAAAAG